AAUUCACUCAUACCCCACCACACUUCUUGAGAUUUCACUCUGCCAUCCUUACCGCCAACAAUUACUCUACCUCACUCAACUCUUCAUCACCUCUGCACCUUCGAACCUGAUCAAUUCACAACUCUCGAGAUGUCUGCGGCAUCCUCCUCCACCCGAGUGCAGUGCACAUACAAGGACUGCAAACGUCACUUCAUCUCCCAUCCUGCCAUGAAUCAGCACAAGCUGAUCGAUCACGACUAUUGCAGCAGAUGUGAUGAGGAUUUCAUUGAUGAGGAGUGCUUGCUGCUCCAUAAGAUCAAAAGCGACAAACAUAUCGUUUGUGCGUUCUGUGGUAGGGAGUUUCGUAGCGAGGGUGGGCGGGAUGCUCAUAUACGCCAGUAUCACCGUCCCAAGCAAAACCUGGUCUGUACUGGUUGUGGGAAGAAGUUCAAACAAGCGGGGGCCUUGGUGCGUCAUGUGGAGGACGACGAGUGUGACGAAAUUCCGAUGACACGAUUUCUCCAUGAACAAUCUAAGAGGCUCCUUAUUAGAGAAGCGCUCAAAACUGGUGAAGGAGACGGUUUGCCCUUCCCGGACCCCGACGGCGCUGACGAUGUCGACGGGGGUGUCAAGCUCGACGGUUCUACUAGCAUCCUGGACAUGGAGAAUGAGAACGCUGAGAUAUCGUCGCCAGCCUUGAAACGCAAGCCCGAUCGUAUCUCGUCUUUGUCUUCCGUGUUUGAUAUUGAUGAUAAAAAGGGGGCCGCUGGCCAGAGCACAACUGCCAAAGAUCCUCUGUCUAUGAUGAAGAAUCUCUCGCUCAAAUCUGGUGUUUCGGAUAACAGUAAGGAGAAGGCCAAGUCGGCUGCCAGGCCGUCAAAAGAGGAUAAUUCCGAUCCUUUCGGGGUGGCUCAAAUCGACAUUGGACAUACCCUUCGCGCGCUCGACAAAACCUGGGAUCCCAUGAACUUCUUUGACCCGUUCCGGGCAAAAUUUGUCUGUCCCUGUGACGACGAGUUCUCGACGUCGAAGACAUUCGAGACCCAUGUCAUAGAGAAGACUAGUGGGAAGAGGAGCGUGCAGUGUCCAGGUUGCCUUCGAAUAUUCAAGACUGCCGCCGCUCUAGUCGCGCACUGUGAAUCUGCCAGCACUCAUUGUAGUGUAAACACCGGACUCCGCUUCAGUCAGAUUAUAAAGGAUGUCAGUGGCGGGCUGGUCAAGGCAGUUGGGCUGAGAGAUGGGACUGUCGAGUACGCAGCCGGUGACUUGGAAUCGAAAAAGACCGGUAUCACGGAGAAAAGUCAGGACAUGAUGGAAUGGUAG